AUGACUGCCGCGUGCACCAUGCCUAUUGCUAAGAUCCUGAAUCUCUGGGAUCGCACACUUGGUCUCUCCCUGAUGGUGCUGAUUGCCAUGAUUGGAUUGGUUAUGAUGGCUGCGUGUACCAACAUCGGCACCUACUGUGCGGCCCAGGUUUUUUACUACGUCGGGUUCACCGGUCUGAUCUUCAGCAUCGACGUCCUGGCGACCGAUACUUCCUCCUUGCGCAAUCGUGGCAUGGCCUUUGCAUUCACAGCCUCUCCCUACAUGAUCACCGCCUUUGCGGGUGCACCUUUGUCCGAGCAAUUCCAUGAGACCAACUGGCGCUGGGCAUAUGGCUGCGUUGUCAUCUUGCUCCCCGUCGUGGCAAGUCCCCUGAUCGUGACACGGGAAUUGGCCAAACAGAAGGCGCUCAAGGAGCAUAAAUUCGAAUAUAAACAGGGUAAUCGGACCUGGACGGAGAGUCUCAAGCUUUACUUCAUUGAAUUUGACGUUAUUGGAAUCCUUUUUCUGAUUGCCGGUUUCUCAUUGUUUCUUCUGUCCUUUGUGCUGGCUCGAUCGACCCCGGAUCAGUGGCGCUCGGCUAAGACUAUCAGCAUGAUUGUGGUUGGUGGCGUGGUCAUCAUUGGCUUUGUUGCCUACUUUACAUCGUACUUGCAAGUUGUCUUUGAUGUUAGCAUCACGAAGGCCGGCUAUAUCAACUCCAUCUUUGACUUCAUCAGCCCACUAUGGCUGAUUCGUGCAGGAUUCCUCAUCCGUACCACCGGCCACUUCAAGUGGUUGCUUCUGUGCGCUGUGCCUCUAUACAUGUUGGCGGUUGGCCUGAUGAUCCAUUUCCGCAGCCCUGGAAACAACAUUGGCUACAUCAUCAUGUGUGAGGUCUUCAUGGCCCUCGGCGACGGUACGAUCAUCCUGGUCAUGCAGGUUGCUGUCAUGGCCGCCUCCAAGCAUGAUGGCUAUGCUGCUAUGCUCGCCCUACUGAGCCUGUUUGGCAAUCUAAGUGGAGCGGUGGGCAACAGUAUCUCCGGCGCCAUCUGGACGAACAGCCUCCCGGCGAAACUACGGGAGCUGUUGCCAGAGGAAGCGUUGCCUGACUGGGAGACCACUACGGCUCGCUGGAGGUGCAGCUGA